CAGACGAAGAACCGAACCAGAAAAAACAGACGACGACGAAAGCGCCGAGAGCAGCGCGCGCCAUCGAGUGCAGUGGAGAUGGAGAUGGAGGUGGAGGCCUGCGGGUGCCGAAUUCAUUCGAUUGCAAACCUUCGUGCGAGCAGACGGCGAUGCACUGGCCGGAUUUGUUUUCAUUCGAUGGAUUCGGUUUGAGCGCUGGCUACUCCCUCAAUCGAGCGUUCUGUCUGGACGAUCAUGUGCCCCCGAGCCUUCGUUUCCGGUCAGCGGGAUUCUUGUCUUCUGUCGACGCAAUUGGGGACAUGCACGGCUGAUGUGAAAUUGGGGCCGAUUUUGUAGCCAGGGGAGGGGAGGUUUAGCGUGUUUCCGGUGUUGAGGUUUUUGCGUAAUGGAGAAACGGAAGAAUUUCGGAUAUUGUAAAUUGCGCGUGUGGAAUCGAUUCCGGAUGGUAUGGCUGAACGAACAAUGACAGGAUUUUCGGCGUGUCGGGGCGAGGAGCAGUAGAGGGAGAUGAGCGCGGCGAUCAUCAAUGUGUGUAGAGGUAGGAGGAAUCCAAGCUCUGGUAGUGAGAAGACGGUCCUCAAACGCGUGACGCAUACGGGAUCGAGCAAAGGAGAUGGACAGAGAGGGAAAUCGCAGAUUGUGAAAAUGGGCACAGACCAGCAAGCAGCACCGCCGGGCAAGAAACGCAAAGGCAAACUUCCGGAUGGUCGCGCCAAGGAGCCGUCGAGUCCAUUGAGGCGAACGCGCAGUAAGACUGCGGUCGGCAUUCUUUCCAGGGAUGACAGGAACAUAGGCUCGCUUGCCGAGGCCAAGAGCGGUAAGCACAUUGGCUUGGGGAAUCGGAAGCGGGGCCGAGACACACUAGCAGUAUCACUUGGCGCUCCGACGUCGAAAAAAUCUCCCGUCCGAACUCGAUCCACAUUCUUGCCGCAUCUGGCCAAGAUUUCGGAGGAGAUUUCCGGGUCGGAGGAAGAAAAUGCAAAUUCCGGAAUGGGCCGCGGGACGCCUCGACGGAUUGGGAUCGUUUUGCGGAGAAAUGUGACCGCGCAGCGCAAGGUUGUGACGAAGGAGCCGCAGAAAGCAGCAGCAGGGACCGAGAGGAGGAAAGCGGCGAAAAAACCCGCGGCCAAAAAGUCCGCGACCGUUGUGGUGAAUGUCGCGAGGGCAAGAACGACGCCGCAGUCUGGACUACAAGAGCUGCGAACUGAUCCUCCCGCCAGACGGAAGUCGGAAUUUGACGAGACCAACGUCUCCAUGGCGGCACUUGCCGCGCUGGAUUUGAAUGGAACGGCCGACGACAAUGUGAGAGUCACUCGCAGUAAGAGCACCACCAACGCGUUGAGAGUUGCCGACGACGCAACGGGCUUCGUGCGCACAGCUCUGAAUGCAGUAGCGGAAGCGAGACUUCGGGAGCAGCAGCAGCAGCAGGCCAAGAAGCUGGUGGGUGAAGAAGCGGGGGCCGCUGCUGUUGCUGUUGCUGCUGAAGCGGGCUCGAAAGAUGAAAUUCGAAGCAACAGCAAUGGGUCGACUCGAAGCAAUCGAAGUAGGUCGAGCAUAACUGCAGAAAAGCUGAUCCAGGAGCUGGAUUCGUUCCGCCUGGCGUCCAUGGAGCAGGGUGUAGAUAUGAAAGAGAAGCUGCGCAAAGGUAUCACUCGGCUCACGAGAUCGAGCAGCAGACUUGCCAAACAACAACAGCAACACGAAGGAAGUACCGCGUCGCUGAAGAAGGCGUCCACUCCCACGAAACUCCCGCGCGUUGCCAACAAGGAAAACCUUCCCAAAGCUACAGAAUCUGCACUAGUGCGAAGACUGAAAGGCGACAUCGAGGAUCACGCCAAAAGAUAUGGACUUCUUGAGCAGGUAAGACCGCCUCUGCCAGGCCGUGCUGCCAGGAAGUCCGGAUCCCGAACCCCAGCAGCAGCAGCAGGACUCGAACAGCAAGGUUCUGGACUCGAGGAUUCCCCUGAGAGCUCACAGGAUUGGACUCCUGAGCAGGAGAUAGCCCUUCAGAACGCCUAUGUGUCAGUGAAGCCCGCAGCGGACUUCUGGUACCAUAUAUCGAAGCGGGUGCCGGGGCGAACAGCUGAAGAAUGCUUCAACAAGUUCUACGCAGGGCAUCCAACCCCACCCGCAGCUCAGCGGUCCAAUCGUCAAGCUGGGAACGCUGCGGAGGACACCGCUGCCGCAGCCGCAGCCGACGAUGACGAUGUCCUCGGUAAGCCCAAGGGGAAGACUGCGAGAGGCAAGCAAAGGCUCCUGGAGGCGCACAGAACGAUUCGAAACAUUCUCAGGAAGCAGCAGGUGGAUGAUGAAGAAUACGAAGCCGAUGCCUUCGUCGCGCUGGAGCGUCCCGACGUCGUAAAGAGUGUUCUGAAUAUCGCGGAAGUGGAAAUGGAAGCGGCCAUCUUGAAGGUCACGGGUGUUCCGACCUGCAAGCCUGCUCCUGUUGUUUCUGAGACGAAAUCGAGCAUUCCGAAAUUCGAGAAUUCAGUGACCGGAGGACUUCCUAGCGACAAAGAGAAUCGAAACAUCAACGCCUUGGCAUGCGGGAAAGGUGCGAUCUUGGUUGGGUCUCCGGCAAAGCUCUGCAGCCCGGAAGUUCUGAAGAAGUUGAAGGAUCCGACGCACCUGGACAAGUACAUCGAUCACUUGCAUCAGAGACAUUCGAGAAGACCCAGAACUGGAGGCCAGACGGUGGUCAAGAAGGCCAACGUCUACCUGCAUUCGAAGGACGCUCUGGACUUUGGGGACGACCCAAUCUUUGCCAUCCAGCGUGCCAAGGAGGAACUAAGAAAUGUGAUUUCGAAGUCUGGUGCGGAGCGCAAUUUUCUCGACGUUGUUGGUCCGGGACAGGAAGAAGAAGAUGAAGACGAAGGAGAAGAAGGAGAAGAAAACGAUGACGAAGAUGAAUAUGAUGGCGGGGUUUCCUACGAUUGCGAUGGCUAACGAGAACUUCGCGAAUGAAUAUUCAGGGAUUUUCUGGUUGAUGGACAUUGCCAUUUCGCUCUACAUUCCUUGCCGAGGACAUUAGCAUAAGCCCCUUGAGGUUCCGAAGUGACGAGAGGGAAUGUCCUGCUCUUAGUUCCUUGCCACGUUCCAUCAAUUAAUUGAUGGAACUUGAGGGUUUCUGAAAUUCCAUGUCGACUACAACGUCGGCUCCAUUUCGGUGCUCUGAGUGAGCAUUUACUUCAGAGAUUGCCUUUUGGAAUUAGUGUACAGGAACCCAAUACAUAGACCACCUGAAGAAUCUCAGCAUUUCAGACUUUCAACAUUAGAGCCCAUCAACGACAAAGUCAAUGCCGAUCUAGUUGAGAGGUAUACUAAACUACCUCACAGUUAUUCAUCAAAUUGAUGUAUAUUCGCACUGCUUGUGCAUAAUUCACACAUGUACCUCUCGUAAAAGAAAGAUAAUAUGGUCCAUCUGUAAAGGAGAGGACAUUGGUUCGACCAGGUGAUUCUCUCAACGCAAGGGCACAAUUCUUCGUUCC